GUGUAUUUUAUAACUUCCGCAUUCAAGUUAUUUACAUAUUUCAACUCUUCGAGUUGUCUUCAGAUAACCUUAUAUACUUCCUUAUUAAGCAAUGGCGUAUUGGUGUGACCAGUUGUGCAUAAUUGGAGUUAUAAUAUACCAUACAGGCAAUACCUUACAACAGCAAGUUACCUUAAGUCCUUCGCCCGUGGCAACCGUUGUUGAAGGAGAGAAUCUGACACUAGUGUGUUCAAGUUCAACGAAUGUUUCUGGAAUUGUGUCUCGAGUUGUAUGGGGUGAAAACAACGUUAUUUUGUGCACAAUAUCAAUGAUGACAUGUUCUUGCCUUGAAGCCGAUACAUCAGAACAGUAUCAUGCCAUAUGCAGUUUAAAUUAUGUCUCUUUUACUGUAAAGCAUUUCAACCGCAGCAGGAAUACUAGUUUGUGGAAAUGUACCAUGAGGAUUGACUCGACAUUUGUAGAAAGUGGAACAACGCAGGUUUUAGUUAAAGUUGGUAUCACCGGUAUCUCAUUGCUACCAGUAUCAACGGUCAAUAUCAUAGCUGACACCAUAGGGACACUCGUGUGUAGGACUUCUGGCGGGCUUCCUGCCGCCAAAGUAACCUGGUUCAAGGAAGCUUCAACUGGACGUGUUAAUAUAACAUCAUUUUCUACUAGUGCGGCCUCAAUGCAGGACGAGCUUAUUGUUGUAACCAGUACAAUAACAUUGCGGCCAUCAAAGAACGAUAACUCUAUUAGGAUCUACUGUAAUGCCAGUAACAUUGGAGCACUUUACAUAUCACAGACGUCCAUCAUCAAUGUGUUGUAUAGCCCCGAUACCCCGAUAUGUACAUACCGGGAAUCAGUAGUUACAAGCGUUGUACAUGUAACAAGAGCUAGUACUCUGAACAUCACCUGCACGAGCACCGGUAACCCUCCUGAUAUCACAUACAUAUGGACCUUACCAGACACAAGCACUCGCAACGGUUUUAUUUUCAGUGUCGUAAAUAUUCAACCCUAUCAGAAUGGGCAGUACAGAGUGAGUGUUUCGAACAACAUGACACCGACAAUUGGAACAGCUGUGAUAGGAACGAACAGUGUCACGAUGAUGGUAAUUGUUGUGUAUCCACCGUUAUCGCCUACACUGAAGAUCGGUAAUAUAACCGUAUCCGGUACAAUUAGGAUAAUCGCUGGCCAAUCCGUAACAAUAAGUUGUUCCAGUCAAAGUAAUCCUCCGCCGGACUUAUACUAUUGGGCCCCUGGCGGUACUAGAAACAUCACCGAUCUAGAAUUAAGAAACGUUCAGCCAUCGGACUACGAUGGCGUUUAUACAUGCACUGUUCAAAACCGCUUGUCGCCGACUGGAGAUAAACCUUUUACAGGAAUGUCGAGUUCCAGUGUGAACCUAGAAGUCCUUUAUCCUCCAGCCAAUCCAAAAAUACAUAUUGACAAUACGCACGGUAUCGAAGUUCUCGGGAAAAAGUUAGGCAUUGUUUACGGUGCAAAUAUUACGCUCGUCUGUCAGGCCGACUCCAACCCAUCCCCAACAUACUCCUGGCCCAAUCAACUAUGGACAGGAAUAGUCAAACAAAAUAUCACAAUUACUUGCAACGUGUCCAACAUCAUGAACCCCACAGUACAUGCACGGGUGUCAGGAUAUAUUGUCGCAACUAUAACAUUGUAUGUGAUAUAUGAACCUGAACAACCAACUUUAUUCUAUGUCAUAAAUGAAACGAUAUCCGAAACAAGCGCCACGGUAACAUGGCUUCCACAGUUCAAUGGCGGUAUUCGACAGUUAUUUCAACUCCAAUAUCGUGCAUCCUCAAUUGACUCGUGGACCAUUCAUUUUUUCAACGAUACUUCCUCGAAUAUAUUGAAGCCAAUGUAUGCGGCUAUAAACAAUCUUCAAAGUGCAAUGGAGUAUCAUGUGGAGCUAUUCGCCAUUAAUGCGAAUGGUCAGUCCAAGCCUCUAAGUGAUACAUUCAAAACACUGACAAAAACGAAGAACGAUGGUGUAAAGUCGGAAGCAAUAACAGGUUCAUCGACAGGAGCAAUUGUCGGGGGACUCGUGGCAGGGUGUAUUCUUACAUUUCUAAUCGCAACAAUCCUUUAUCUAAGGAGAAAAUAUGCACUAAGAUGGCCAUUAGUACCAAAAGAAAACAAAAACGCCAAUACCACUGAAACACGGCCAGAUGCACCAACUCGGGAUACUGAAACAUACUCAUCCAUUCAGCAAGAAAUAGACGACAUCGGUCACCGUUAUAGCAUGCCUGUACCAGUACCCGAGCAGCAAGCUAAAAGCAUCAAUCAAUACGACGAAACGUUACAUUUUCAAAAGAGUUCUAAGUAUGCGAACAUGGUUGUUGGUGAAGGGAACAUACACAUAGACCAACCUUUUCGAAACUCGUCUGAUGAGAAUUCUUAUGGAAAUAUAAUGAACGAAACAGUUAGCAGUGGUAUCCAGUCUGGAGAAGAAUAUGAAAUGAUUCAACCCACCUCUCAUUAAUAGUUUCCGAACUGUCAGUGAUUGAUAAUAUAUUCGUGGCUAACAAAACAAAAAAGGUAGGUUUAGCUGUAUAUAAAGCAUCAACAUACUGCAUAUCAAUGGCGUUUGGGCAUUUGGUGGCAGUGAAAACUGAAAUGAAGCGCUUGUCUUAAGAUAGACAGUGUAAAUGCUUAAUAAAAGUCGAUGAAUAAUUGUAUAUAUGUAUUAAAUUUUCUUAAACUAUAACGUGACUUUUAAAACUGAAUGUUCGUUAUAUUAUAAUAUAUAUUUUUAACGCUUCCUUUACAAACGCUUUGCUGUGUUACAUUGCAUUAACAUUCAUAGAACUACUAUCAUACAAAAAAAUUAGUUUAGUCUCUAUUGUGUAAUCUCGUGUAUUUAUGGAGUUGUAAAAUAUGCCUUUACCCUGGAUGAAGAACUUACAUUUAAAUGCAUAGCGUUACCUGCAUUUGUCGGCGUUGAAUUCACGUAGAAUGGUUGCAUAUCUGCAAUUUAUUAACUUAACUUUCAGUUGCUGUUAAUAUACAAAAACUUUACAAGUGGGUACGAAAUGUCUUAUCGAAAAUUUUCCUGUUGAAACCAUAUACUUAAAUUUGUUUGUUUUGUUAUAUACUUAUUAACUUCAUAGCCCGUUUCAUAAACAGGUUUUUACCGAAUGCAUUGACUUUUUCCUCCGUUGUAUUAACAAUGCCUGGACUUAACAAUUGUCAAAAUGUUCCUGUCAUGUGCAUGGUAUUUGUUUAUUCGAAUUAAAACAUGUA